AUGAAGAGGCAAAGGGAGAACCACCAGCCACGCACUCAAGUAAUUCCCGACCAUCCAAGGCUCCCUCCAGGCUCCGCCGUACCGGGUCAUCGCGGUUCUCACUCCGAUUGUCCCAUCCCGCUCAUCCUGCCCCGGUUAUCCUACCCCGGCUGUCCCGUCCCGGUUGUCCCAUCCUGGUUGUCUCAUUCCGUUUAUCCUGCCCCGGUUACCCCAUCCCGGCUGUACCAGCCCGCUUCUUGCCCCCCGGUUAUCCCACUCCGGUUGUCCCAUCCCGCCUAUCCUGCCCUGGUUACCCCAUCGCAGUUAUCCCACCCCGGUUAUCCCACCCCGGUUAUCCCACCCCGGUUAUCCCACCCCGGUUAUCCCACCCCGGUUAUCCCACCGGGCUCCCCGCGCGGGGCGGGGCGGGGCCGCCGCCUGAGGGAGCCCCUCCCCAGCCGUUCCCGGCGUGCCCCGCGCGCGAUGGCGGCCGCGGCGCUGUGCGGGCGGUGCGGGCGGGCGGCGGGGCUCUGGGGCCGCCUCCGCCGGGCCCCGCUGCCGCCCCGCCGCCGGGCCCACGAGCAGGCGCGGCGGGCGCGGGGCCCGGGCGGGCUGCUGGCGGCGCAGUGGGAGCGCGGGCUGUUCCAGGAGGUGUUCCCGGCGCAGAGCGCGGAGGAGCGGCUGCCGGAGCUGCUGGCGCCGGGCCGGCCGGCCCUGUGCGCCUACUGCGGGUUCGACCCCACGGCGGACUCGCUGCACGUGGGGCACCUGCUGCCCGUCAUGGCGCUGCUGCACCUCCAGCGCGCGGGGCACAACGUCAUCGCCGUGGUGGGCGGGGCCACGGCGCGGCUCGGGGACCCCAGCGGGCGGGAGCGCGCGCGGGAGCUGCUGCCGGCCGGGACGGUGCGCGCGCACGCCAGGGCCCUGCGCGCGGGGCUGGAGCGGCUGUUCCAGAACCACCGGGAGCUGUUCUGGGAGCCGGGGGCCGGGCGGCUGGGCCGGGCCGAGCUGCUGGACAACGCCCGCUGGCUCGGCCGGGAGCCGCUGCUGCGGUUCCUGGGCGGGGCCGGCGGGCGGCUCCGCAUGGGCACGCUGCUGAGCCGGCAGAGCUGCCAGGCGCGCCUCCGCAGCCCCGACGGGAUGAGCCUGGCGGAAUUCCUGUACCCCGCGCUCCAGGCGUACGACUUCCUGCACCUGCACCGGCACCACGGCUGCCGCAUCCAGCUGGGGGGCCACGACCAGAUGGGAAACAUCAUGUCCGGCUACGAGCUCGUCACCAAGAUGACAGGAACAGAUGUAUUUGGAAUUACUGUACCUCUGAUUACCAGUACUACUGGAGAUAAACUGGGAAAGACUGCUGGAAAUGCAGUUUGGCUAAACAGAGAUAAGACUUCUCCCUUUGAGCUGUAUCAGUUUUUUGUCAGACAACAAGAUAAUGUAGUUGAAAAAUACCUGAAACUGUUUACCUUCCUACCUCUUGAGGAGAUUGCCCACAUCAUGGAAAUGCAUGCUAAAGAACCUGAAAAAUGGGGCCCUCAGAAACGACUGGCUGCAGAAGUAACCAAGCUUGUCCAUGGCAGAGAAGGGCUAGAAUCUGCCAAAAGGUGCACUAAGGCCCUUUAUUACAGCAGUGUGGAGGCCCUGGAAGAGAUGUCUGACCUAGAGUUACAGGAACUUUUUAGACAAGCUGCUUCUGCUGAAUUGAUGCUUGAACCUGGAAUGACUGUUCUUGACUUGUGUCGCAAAGCAAAUGCCAUUCCAGAUGGACCUAGUGGGUACCAGAAAAUUACAGAUGGAGGAGUUUCAAUAAAUGGGAAUCGUGUAACCAAUCCUGAGGCUGUUCUUAUUCUCGGACAGCAUAUUCUCAAGAACGGAGUGUCAUUACUUAGGGUUGGAAAGAAAAAUUACUACAUUAUAAAAUGGCUGCAGUUGUGACAACCGAACACCUUCCUAAAACAACAGGUCAUUUUAACUCUGUUGCUUGAAGACGUACUUGAAGAUGUUUCUGUCCUGUGCGUUGCUACGCAGCUCACAAACUGCCCAAUACCAUCGUUUUCCAAAAUGCAACAACAGAGUUCAAAUAAAGCAGCUGAGGUAUAGUAGGGAAGACGUUUUAGAUACUCUGCCUUAUUCAAAGCACCAUUCCUAAGAGGAGCUGCACAAAAAGACAAGGAAAAGAUUCAUUUCAAAUGCAGAUGUGCUGCCCCUCUUUAACAACCACGUGUUGGAGGAGAACAGUGGCCGGUUGCUCCACAGAACCCACAGCAAGAAGAGCAAAAUCAUCCUCAAACCCAGGACUUCUUAGAGCCAAUGUGUGCUCACCUAACAGAGAAACCUGUGCCAGUGGGCAAGGACAACCAACCUGCAAUCAACAUGUUUGUUCAGAACAGGUUUGCUUUGAAGGAAGCUGCAGGAAAUUCACAAUAAAGGAAAAGAAUGAUUAAGCACUAA